ACGUCCUCCUCUUCAUCAUAGAUUAUACGUAGGCAUAUUUUAAUUAGUACGGUACAAAUUAAAAUAUUAAGUUGCAAUCUAUGGCGGGCUUUAAGUUGUUGAUGAAAGAAAAAUUCGUAUGUAAUGUUUUUGUUUGGACUUUCUGUGAAUGGGUAGCCAUGGAAGAACAUUUCAGGAACUUUAUUUAAUUGAUAAAGUUACAUUGGGAAGUAUGUGGCUCUGAAUUAGAAAUCUCUCGAAAAAGUUAAGGUUGUAAACAUAUCCAUAAUGAAUAUAAUAUAUGAACGUUUUUGUUUGUGGUUGGGACAUUUGAAACUAUCACGUGUAAUAAUAUUGGUCUCGGUGAUAUUAUUCGUUGUGCCACUUUUUACGCACUACUAUUUAUCAAAGUAUGAAUCAAUGUCAAUAUCACAGGGUGACAAUGCUUUGAGGUACAAUCUCGAGGCAUUUAGUGAUAUAUCCACUAAGAAUGUUGCGGAUCUCAAAGUUAGAAUAGAAGAAAUGUUAAGAAUAAAGGCAUCAGUAUCAACAGAACUCCGAGAGCUAGAGGCAAAACGAGGUCGCUUACAACGUGAGGCUGCAGCGGCAAGCUCAAAAGCAGACAAUGCAAAAGCAGAGUAUGUAAGAGCAGCUGCAGAAUUACAAAGGCUCAGAGUGUCAGCUGAUCAAGCGCGACUGGCCCAGUUAGAAGCAAUACGUAGGGAUUCACCUGAACUUGCACCACCUAUUCAAAUAGUGCCGUUACAACCGCCAUCAAUUCUUCCUUCCUUAAGUCCCAGCAAUGAAAUAAAUUGUAGAAUGUUUUCAUGUUUUGAUCACUCACGAUGUUCCCUUACUUCGAGCUUCCCUGUAUAUCUUUAUGAUCCCGAUAUAUACACUCCAUUAACUGGUGCAGAAGUAGAUGGGUUUCUUAAAACUACUUUACGUCAGACUUUAGGAUAUAAUGCUCAUCUGACACAUAACCCAAAUGAGGCCUGUAUUUACCUUAUUAUUGUAGGAGAAUCUUUUCCAUUUACCAAAGACACUACUACUGUCUCAGACUCCUACAAACUUUAUCUCAAUGGGUCAGCUAUUACUAGCUUACCUUACUGGGGUGGCGAUGGGCGUAAUCAUGUGUUGUUGAAUUUAGCCCGCCGUGACUUAUCUGUCGGUUCUGGUGAUGCUUUUAGAGGAGCAUCCACAGGAAGAGCCAUGCUAGCUCAAUCUACAUUUACGCACAAUCAUUUUAGACCAGGUUUUGAUGUAAUCACACCACCGGCACUAGGCCCUCCGGGUGGUGAUGUUUGGGCAGAUUGUGCGCCUAUAUCUCCCGCAAGAAGAAAGUACUUGCUCAGUUUUCAGGGUUUACAACCACCGCCUAAAGGAUUAGACAACGAUCAAGAUGGAACGUUGAUAUCAUUGCUAGAAAAAAUGGUGAAAACAGCACCAGCGUCUGAUGUUUUUUUUCUGCAGUUCGAAUGUGAUCCUCCAGUGGAGAAACGCGUAACUUUGCCGAUAGGCGAUUGGGCGCUUUGUGGAACGGAUAGAUCGAGGCGUGCCGUAUUGCGUGAUUCCACUUUUGUACUCAUACUUGCGCCUGCUGAUCGGAAUUACGUUACAACAGCUCUACUACAGGCUAGAUUAUAUGAAGCGCUCAGAUCUGGUGCUAUACCUGUCGUCCUAGGCGGUGACAGAAUUCGUCUGCCAUACGAAGAGGUAUUGGAUUGGAAACGCGCCGUAAUCUUACUGCCGAAAGCGCGGGUCACGGAAAUGCAUUUUUUAAUGAGAUCUUUUCCCGAUGCCGACCUUUUAGCUCUACGAAGACAGGGUAGAGUACUUUGGGAAAGAUAUUUGAGUUCAGUUCAGGCCAGCAUUGAUUCAUUGUUGGCAACUAUUCGCACCCGCUUACACAUUCCUCCAAAACCAGUGCCUCAUACCGUCGGGUUGCCGGCUUUUAAUGACUCAUACUUUCCUCCUCGAGUAGAGCCAGCCGCGGUCGACGCAGAGCCCGAGGAGACGCUAGGUCCGCUGGAGGCUCCGUAUUCGAGCCCAACAUAUCAGCGAAAUUUCUCCGUCGGCCUGUUGCACGGAUACGAAUUAUGGAACGAGUGGGGUGAACCUUUCGCUCUGUAUCCACAACUACCGUGGGACCCGACGGUGACGUCUGAAGCUCGUUUCUUGGGGUCGGCGGCGGGUUUUCGGCCCGUGGGCGCUGGGGCUGGCGGUUCGGGACGCGAAUUUAGCGAAGCCUUGGGUGGAGAUCGACCUCGCGAACAAUUCACCAUAGUCAUCCUCACGUAUGAACGCGAGGCGGUUUUAGCAGCAGCACUGGCACGAUUACGCGGUCUUCCAUAUCUGAAUAAGGUAGUUGUGGUGUGGAAUGGUCCUUCGAGCGCAGGAGCGAGUUCUUGGCCGGAGAGCGGCGCGCCAGUGGCGGUGGUGCGUGGCUCGCGGAACUCCCUCAACAACCGUUUCCUGCCUUACCAGCUGAUCGAAACCGAGGCCGUACUGUGCGUCGACGACGACGCGCAUCUACGACAUGACGAGAUUAUAUUCGCGUUCCGCGUCUGGCGCGAGCAUCGUGAUCAGAUUGUGGGCUUUCCCGGUCGUUACCACGCCUGGGAUCUUAAUUUUAAUAAUGGAUUCCUCUACAAUUCGAACUAUAGCUGUGAGCUAAGCAUGGUGUUGACUGGAGCGGCGUUCGUCCAUCGCUACUACUUAUGGGCGUACUGGCGAGUACUGCCCGCCGCCAUGAGAGAUUACGUCGACGAAUAUAUGAACUGCGAAGACAUUGCGAUGAACUUCCUAGUUGCGCACAUCACUAGGAAGCCUCCCGUAAAGGUGACGUCACGAUGGACGUUCCGAUGUCCCGGUUGUCCGGUUACGUUGUCAGCCGAUGAAACACAUUUUCACGAACGUCACAAAUGUAUACAGUUCUUCACACAGGUAAUGGGUUACACGCCGCUGUUGUCAACGCAAUUCCGAGCUGAUUCGGUGCUAUUCAAAACGAGGAUACCGCACGACAAACAGAAAUGUUUCAAGUUCAUAUAGAACAUCGAAUUAUUAGCUAAAUUAUAAAGUCGUCCUGCUCUGAGUUCAUAGUCUAAUGAUUAUAUUUUUGUAUUAUAUGUAUUAUUAGUACGGAAUUCUCAAGGAACUUAUUAGUUAACAAUCAAAAUCGUUAAGGAUGAAAUGUUGUAACGACAACAAGUUUCAUUUUAUCACAAUGAGCAAGCAGAAAUAUCAUAGAAUUAUUUCUAGUCGAUUAUUUGAAAUCGAUUUGAGAAUUCAAUUUGACGGCAUAAUCAUUAAACUAAAAUCUAUUGGACGAUCGACUAGUUUCUAAGCAAAUAAAAUCCAAAGAAAAUAAUUAGGAUUGUACAUGAAUUCAAUACUAAGCGGAGAAAUAAAGCGAAAAAUGCAACAAGCUAAUAAUUUAUUUACGCCUUACUAUAAUAGAAUUGCAUGAGUUUCAUAACAUUUUCUUAUAUAUAUAUUUUUUAAGGAAUUUUGUGACUUGGUAACUAAGACCUUUAAGUCAUGUCUUAUUUUAAUUUAUAUUCUAUUUUUUUAUGAAAAGUGAUAAUAAGGAGUGAAAUGAAAUGAAUGCAUAAUUUGAGACAUUAAUCAACUGGGAUUAAAGUAAAUGAAAUGAGAUGAGAUGAUAUGCGAUGAAAUAUAACCUCAGUAAAAUGGUGGUUAUUUACUGAAAUUUUUUCAGUGGACUUUUUGGAGGAUCCCGAGAAGUUACGUCCAGUGGAUUUUUUUCAUUUUCCCACAUUUGUGCUUUUUCACAGAUAUUAAACAGUUAAUAAACCACCGUUAUUACACAUUUAAACCCGAAGAAACACUAAAUAGACAAAAUAAAACAAAUCACACAACUUCACUCCUCGCGUUCCCGCCAAAAAGUUCGGUUCGAUUACAUAUUUCUGUAUUAUCCACAAUAAAACGUCAAUUGAAAAGACAAUUUAAACAAUCUGGCCAGGAAUGUAACUCAGUGGCCAGGGUGUUAAUUGAUGACUGGACGGUGUAAUAAAUUACACUCUGAACUUCUCAUUCAAAUACACUUCGAUUUAAAUAUUAAUUUUGGUGGGAAUAGGACCAAUAUCAAAAAUGAUUAUUUUUGCAAUGAGCCUUGUAACAAACAUUUGAAAGCGCACCUCAUUGGCGUUUUUUUUUCACGGUAACUCUUGAAAAAUUGUUGAAACACUGACGCUCCUUUUGCACAAAAAAAUCAAACUUUUUUCAAAAAAACUGAUACUGCGACUGAUAAAGCGUAAUUUUGGACCCUUUUAGCUCUAAGCUACAGACUUAAUGAUUUGCCUCGAGGCAAGCGGUGGAUCUACACUAUGAGGCUUCAAAAACUUAACCAACUGGAUUGUGGACUGUGGACUGAAAACUAGUCUUAUUUUGUAAUGUUUUGUAAGAAAAACUAUUAUUGUCUCGUUGCUGGAAAUGAAUCCGCAGUCCCGAUAUCAAAAUUGUUUUUGAUAUCGGGGAUUCGGUCUCGAUUUCCGUUGAGGUCGUUAAUCUUUGUGGAAGAUAUGUGGUAGGUAAUUAGGAUCGAGGUGAGUCUUGUUUCUGUAUGUACAUAUUUCCGUCAUAGCACGGGAGAAAUUCCACGGCUUCUGUUAAAAUGUGGAAGCUAGUUUCAAAUAACAUAUAGAGAAAUUGUAAAUAUGUUUUGGAAUUGAGUUAUAAGAUGAAGUAGAUCUGCUAUUAUGAAAAAAGCACUUUUAAUGAGUUUUUUUUUGUUUAAUUAGGAUAUCAAAAUAGAUAAUAUGAAUUAAGGAUAAAAUAAUAAGUACAGUCAAACCUGGAUAAGUGAGAAUUCAAGGGAGCAUAAUCUCAUUCUCGCUUAUAGAGGUUUCUCACUAACCCGAGUUUCUUCCUAAUGCACCCUCUGAAUUUCAUUUCGCGAUUUUCGACAUUCAAACGCAUUCACUAUUUUAAGGUUAUCACUUAAUGACAGUACUUUAAUUUUCCGUUUUGACAUGAUGCAGAACAUAUUUUUCCCUCGCAAUUGAUUAACGAUAAACUGAAUAAGUCCGACAAACAGGACGGUACACAGGGACACGUGUCCAUUCGAAAAGAAUGCGAUAAAAUAACAACGUUAUUUAGUUCUAUGAAAUAGAAUAGGUUCUAUAUUGACGAGAAAACAAUACAAAAACAAUGUUAAAAAGUUCCAUAAAAUUUAAGAAUGAGUCAUAAAAUAGCAGAUGUUAAAUUUGUAAUUUGUUUUGUCAUUUGUUCCUCCUAAAUAAUAUUAUUAUAAAUAAAUAAAGCUCGACUGUCGCUUAUAGAGGUAUAGAUAAGUAGCAGUCUGACUUACGGAGGUCCAUGAGGGAAAAAACGACUCUCGCUUACAGAGGUUUCUGUCUCUCGCUAAUAGAGGUUUUAGGAGCUAAAAAUGACGGGUCCUGGCUAUUACUCUCACUUAUAGAGUUUUCUCACUUAUCCAGUUCUCACUUACCCAGGUUUGACUGUAUAUCAUCUUGUUCUAUUUUAUAGUCACGCGCAAGCUACACACCUGUCGAUUUCGUCCUUGUUUGUAUUAUUUAAUUUAAUCUUUAGGAAAACAAUUUAUUCAUCUAAAUCAUUAAAGUUUUUAUCAUUAUAGAAAAACACAUAAUUCAAAAUCUAAAGUAAUAUAUAAAUCAAUAUUAACUUUAAUUACCAUAUCUGUUCAUCUAAAAUACUUUCAAUUUAUAUUAUGAAUUUAAAAAAAAACCGUUUUGAUGUUUGUAAACUCUACCAGUACACGAUAUUUCAUAAUUUACUGUAUUUAAUCAAGUCUAUUAUUGUUAUUUAAGUACACACUUAAGUAUAUAUUUGGAUCACAUCGGUUUAUUUUUUUGGUUCAUAAAAUCGUGUACAUAUUCCGUUAGAAAACUUUAUAAAGCUCCUAAGUCAUCAUAAUGAACAAGAAGUUUUUGCAUUUAUUUUGAUUGGUUCUUUAAUAAACAAAGAAAAUAA